UAUAAAUUACUGUAGUAUUUACUGCAUUCUUCUUCUUCUUCGUCCCUUUAGCGUUAUCUACUGCUAGUAUCUUCUUCGCCGUUGCUGCUUCACUUUUCAUUUUUUCUUCUACUUUUCUUUAAUCUGACUCAGCGAUGAUUGCAGCAGCAGCUAUGGCAAUUUCAACUUCUUAUCCCCCAAAUCUUUCAUUUAACACUCGCUUACCACUUCAAAAGCUGAACCGCCAUUGUUAUUUUACGCUUUAUUUCACCAACAAAACUAAUCCCUCCAAUUAUAACUCCCUUUCUGUACGAAACGCCUCUUCUUCUUCUUCUUCUGCUGUUGAGAAGAAUAAUAGUGAGCCGAUGAUUCCACCAUAUAAUGUUUUGAUCACUGGUUCCACUAAAGGAAUCGGGUAUGCACUUGCAAAAGAGUUUCUAAAAUCUGGAGACAAUGUCAUCAUAUGCUCCCGAUCUGAGGAACGAGUGAAAUCUGCUAUAGAAAGCUUGAAGGUAGAGUCAGGGAAGCAGCAUGUGUGGGGUACCAAGUGUGAUGUUCGAGAUGGGAAUGAUGUCAAGAACUUAGUUGCUUUUUCAAAAGAGAAACUCAAAUACAUUGACAUAUGGAUAAAUAAUGCAGGAUCAAAUGCUUACAGUUACAAACCAUUGAUGGAGGCAUCUGAUCAAGAUCUAAUUGAAGUUGUCUCUACAAAUACCCUAGGAUUGAUGAUUUGCUGCCGAGAGGCAAUGAAUAUGAUGCAAAAACAACCUCGAGGUGGUCAUAUCUUUAACAUUGAUGGAGCUGGUUCUGAUGGUAGACCAACUCCGAGAUUUGCUGCUUAUGGGGCUACUAAACGCAGCGUGGUGCAUCUGACCAAAUCACUACAGGCAGAAUUGAGGAUGCAAGAUGUCCAAAAUGUUCUCGUGCAUAAUCUUUCUCCAGGAAUGGUCACAACAGAUCUUCUCAUGUCAGGUGCAAAUACAAAGCAGGCCAAGUUUUUCAUCAAUGUCUUGGCUGAACCAGCUGAAGAGGUUGCGCAGUACCUAGUUCCCAACAUCAGAUCUAUUCCUACAAGCGGAUCUGGAAAACCGACUUACAUACGUUUCCUCACUGGAUUAAAAGCCUAUUCCCAGAUAUUCUCAGUUAAGGAAUGCACAAAACAUAAAGACUUGCAUUUGGUGCUCGAAGAAAUCGAUAUUUUCUUGAAGAUUAGUACUUAACUCGAUCUUCCAGUUCAUAUUCUCUACACCAAGAGAAUGCACGUGGACAUUGAUUUCCCCUCUCUCUCCCAGUAGAUGAUUUCUUUUGUUACAUUACAAUCCCUAUUCAGUUGUUGUUUCCUUUAUUUGUCAAUUGAAUUGUAGAGGAAUAUUGUAGAAGUGAAAUUCAUUUCUUUGGGCAAAGAGUUGAAGGAGAAGUUGUUUUUGCCA